UCUCGCGCGCACUGGUUCUCCUACUGGAUUCUAAAAUGGCGUAUUGUUGUCACAAACGUAGUGUUAUAUUUUUGUAAUGAGAUUUAAACAAUGUUCGGUAUAUGAUUCGAGUUAUGCAUUCAUCGUUUUUAUUUCAGUAAAAUAAUCAAUGCGUUUGCUUGCAGCAUCUCCUGAGACGGAUUCUACGGUUACCGUCGCAAGUUGGAUUUAACUACCAUUUAGCUAACACCACAAGACACUUUUCCCGCAUUAUCCGGAGAUAGUGCAAACAUGGGGCAGUUAAAAUUGAUAGAGAUUGAAAACUUUAAAUCUUAUAAAGGAAGACAAAUUAUUGGGCCCUUCCACAAGUUCACUGCCAUUAUUGGACCCAAUGGAUCAGGUAAAUCCAAUCUUAUGGAUGCCAUUAGCUUCGUCUUGGCAGAGAAGACAAGCAAUCUUCGUGUGAAAACAUUGAAAGACCUGAUCCAUGGAGCUCCGGUGGGGAAGCCAGCAGCCACCAGAGCCUUCGUCAGCAUGGUGUACCAGGAGGACAGUGGAGAGGAGCGCACCUUCACCAGAAUCAUCAUCGGUUCGUCCUCUGAGUACAGAAUCAACACUAAGGUUGUGAACCUGGCGGAGUACAGCGAGGAGCUAGAGAAACUGGGCAUCCUCAUCAAGGCUCGCAACUUCUUGGUUUUCCAGGGAGCGGUGGAGUCCAUCGCCAUGAAGAACCCCAAGGAGCGCACGGCUCUGUUUGAGGAGAUCUCCCGCUCCGGGGAUCUGGCCCAGGAGUACGACCGCAGGAAGAAAGAGAUGGUGAAAGCAGAGGAGGACACUCAGUUUAACUACCAUCGCAAGAAGAACAUCGCCGCAGAGCGCAAAGAGGCCAAACAGGAGAAAGAGGAGGCUGAGCGGUACCAGAGGCUGAAGGACGAGGUGGUGCGGGCCCACGUGCAGAUGCAGCUCUUCAAACUCUACCACAACGAGACGGAGAUCGAGAAGCUCAACAAGGAGCUGUCCCAUCGCAACAAGGAGAUCGACAAGGACCGCAAGAAGAUGGACCACGUGGAGGAAGAGCUGAAGGAGAAGAAGAAGGAGCUGGGCCGCCUGAUGCGGGAGCAGCAGACGGUGGAGAAGGAGAUCAAGGAGAAGGACUCGGAGCUCAACCAGAAGCGGCCCCAGUACAUCAAGGCCAAGGAGAACACCUCCCACAAGAUCAAGAAGCAGGAGGCGGCACGCAAGUCCCUGCAGAACGCCCAGAAGAUGUACAAGAAGCGCAAGGGGGACAUGGACGAGCUGGACAAGGAGAUGAAGGCCGUGGAGCUGACCAAGCAGGAGUUUGAGGAGCGCAUGGAGGAGGAGGCGCAGAGCCAGGGCCAGGACCUCACCCUGGAGGAGAACCAGGUCAAACAGUACCACCGCCUGAAGGAGGAGGCCAGCAAGCGGGCCGCCACCCUGGCCCAGGAGCUGGAGAAGUUCAACCGCGACCAAAAGGCCGACCAGGACCGUCUGGAUCUGGAGGAGAGGAAGAAAGUGGAGACAGAGGCCAAGAUAAAGCAGAAGAUCCGCGAAAUUGAGGAAAACCAGAAACGUAUUGAGAAGCUGGAGGACUAUAUCAACACCAGCAGACAGUCGCUGGAUGAGCAGAAGCGCAUGGAGGAGGAGCUGACGGAGGAGGUGGAGGGUGCCAAGAGGAGGAUCGACGAGAUCAACACAGAGCUGAACCAGGUCAUGGAGCAGCUGGGGGACGCUAGGAUCGACCGGCAGGAGAACAGCCGCCAGCAGCGCAAGGCUGAGAUCAUGGAGAGCAUCAAGAGGCUGUACCCUGGCUCCGUGUACGGCCGUCUGAUCGACCUAUGCCAGCCCACGCAGAAGAAGUACCAGAUCGCCGUCACCAAGGUGCUGGGGAAGAACAUGGACGCCAUCAUCGUGGACUCUGAGAAGACGGGGAGGGACUGCAUCCAGUACAUCAAGGAGCAGAGAGGGGAGCCCGAGACUUUCCUUCCCCUCGACUACCUGGAGGUGAAGCCCACCGACGAGAAGCUGAGGGAGCUCCGCGGGGCCAAGCUGGUGAUAGACGUCAUCCGCUACGAGCCCCCGCACAUCAAGAAGGCCCUGCAGUACGCCUGCGGCAACGCGCUGGUCUGCGACAACGUGGAGGACGCCCGCAGGAUCGCCUUCGGAGGGCCGUACCGACACAAGACGGUGGCGCUGGACGGCACCCUGUUCCAGAAGUCCGGUGUGAUCUCUGGAGGAGCCAGCGACCUGAAGGCCAAGGCCCGACGCUGGGACGAGAAGGCUGUGGACAAGCUCAAGGACAAGAAGGAGAAGCUCACAGAGGAGCUCAAGGAGCAAAUGAAGGCCAAGAGGAAGGAGGCAGAGCUGCGUCAGGUGCAGUCCCAGGCCCAUGGGCUGCAGAUGAGACUCAAGUACUCCCAGAGCGACCUGGAGCAGACCAAGACCCGCCACCUGUCCCUCAACAUGCAGGAGAAGUCCAAGCUGGAAAGUGAGCUUGCCAACUUCGGGCCACGGAUCAACGACAUCAAGAGGAUCAUCACGUCCCGCGAGAAGGAGAUCACAGACCUGAGGGACCGCAUGAACCUGGUGGAAGACGAGGUGUUCGUGGAGUUCUGCAAGGAGAUCGGCGUGAGGAACAUCCGAGAGUUCGAGGAGGAGAAGGUGAAGAGGCAGAACGAGAUUGCCAAGAAGCGGCUGGAGUUUGAGACCCAGAAGACUCGACUGGGGAUCCAGGUGGACUACGAGAAGAACCAGCUGAAGGAGGACCAGGAGAAGGUGAUGAUGUGGGAGCAGACCGUCAAGAAGGACGAGGCCGAGAUAGAAAGGCUCAAGAAGGAGGAGCACCGGCACAUGAAGAUCAUCGACGAGACCAUGGCCCAGCUGCAGGACCUCAAGAACACCCACCUCACCAAGAAGUCAGAGGUCAACGACAAGAACCACGAGAUGGAGGAGAUCCGCAAGAAGCUUGGCGGGGCCAACAAGGAACUGACCCAGCUGCAGAAGGAGGUGACGGCCAUCGAGACAAAGCUGGAGCAGAAGCGCAGCGACCGCCACAACCUGCUGCAGGCCUGCAAGAUGCAGGACAUCAAGCUGCCCCUCCGCUCAGGGACCAUGGACGACAUCAGCCAGGGAGAGGGGAGUCAGCAGCCCGAGGAGCCCACCAACAGCAAGAUAGCCUCCAGUACGGUCCUGGCUAAAGAAGCCCUCAUUGAGAUCGACUACAGCAACCUGUCUGAGGACCUCAAGGACACCCUGUCUGAGGACGAGCUGAAGGGCGAGAUGAACACACUGCAGCAGCGGCUCAACGAGCAGCAGAGCAUCCUGCAGAGGAUCAGCGCGCCCAACAUGAAGGCCAUGGAGAAGCUGGAGAGCGUGCGCGACAAGUUCCAGGAGACCAGCGACGAGUUUGAGGCGGCGCGUAAGAGAGCCAAGAAGGCCAAGCAGGCCUUCGAGCAGAUCAAGAAGGAGCGCUACGACCGAUUCAACGCCUGCUUCGAGUCGGUGGCCACCAACAUCGACGAGAUCUACAAGGCCCUGUCGCGCAACAGCAGCGCCCAGGCUUUCCUCGGCCCGGAGAACCCAGAGGAGCCCUACCUGGACGGCAUCAACUACAAUUGCGUGGCCCCAGGGAAGAGGUUCAGGCCCAUGGACAACCUGUCUGGAGGGGAGAAGACGGUGGCCGCCCUGGCCCUGCUCUUCGCCAUCCACAGCUACAAACCUGCACCCUUCUUCGUGCUGGAUGAGAUCGACGCUGCUCUGGACAACACCAACAUCGGAAAGGUGGCCAACUACAUCAAGGACCAGUCUGUGAUGAACUUCCAGGCCGUGGUCAUCUCGCUGAAGGAGGAGUUCUACACCAAGGCCGACUCCCUCAUCGGAGUCUACCCAGAGCAAGGGGAUUGCGUCAUCAGCAAAGUCCUGACCUUUGACCUGUCCCAGUACCCUGACGCCAAUCCUAACCCCAACGAAUAGGACAACACUGCUGUUUGAGGUUUCAAUCUGCCACUGGAUUGCUCAUGUAAUCACUUAGGUAUUUGCUAGAUUGUAACGUCAUUUGUUUAAUGUUUUUAGGUUCAGUUUGUUUUGUUUUUAGCCUAUUUCUUCAGAGUGAGGGGUUGGUUUGUCGAGGACGGACUGGGGAGGGGAUGUGUACUUUUAUAGACAGUUUCAAACUGAAUGUGCAUUUAUACAAGGCUGCGCUUUAUAUGUUGACAGCGAUUGGUCCACACAAAGGCUUUCCCCCAUUGAAAGGUUGAGUACAAUAGUGGAAGUUCAAUAAUUGUAAAUCAGGUAAAUCAUGUUUGAAGCUGUUAACUAUUGUUUUUUUUAAAUCAUUAAAUGUUCAUAUUUUUAAUGCUAUUAAAAACCUGUGUUCCCUUCAGACCCUUUUAUAAUAAUCAAGCUCCUCUUUUCAAGUGUAUCAUUUGAAGCCCUGGUCAACCACCAUCUCAUGUAACUGACACGAAUCUGUACUACUUUAUCACUCCUUCUGCUUUUUAACUCCCUUUGUUUGUACUGGAUAAGAAAGAACCUUUCGGUUAACGUUCCAGUUGGAUGGAUAAUGUUUUUAACAAACCUUUUAAAACUCAUCUGCGAACAUACAGACGAGUUGAGAGUUCUCAAUGUAACCGAUAUGAGGCAGUGAACUGAAUGGGCCAAACGGUAAACAUCACUUUUAUGGAACGUCCUCUUAUGUGUCUCUUUACUAACUGUAUGGAUUUCUUUUGCUUAAUAAAUACAUUUCGAAAUAUUUUCAA